AUGGCGCAGAGGAGUGGACUUGAAGAUCCGGAGAGAUAUCUCUUUGUGGACAGGGCUGUAAUUUACAACCCUGCCACUCAGGCUGACUGGACUGCUAAAAAGCUGGUUUGGAUUCCUUCAGAACGCCAUGGUUUUGAGGCAGCAAGUAUUAAGGAAGAGAGAGGAGAUGAAGUUAUGGUUGAAUUGGCAGAGAAUGGAAAGAAAGCAAUGGUCAAUAAAGAUGAUAUUCAGAAGAUGAACCCACCUAAGUUUUCCAAAGUAGAAGAUAUGGCAGAAUUGACAUGUUUGAAUGAAGCAUCUGUUUUGCAUAAUCUCAAGGAUCGUUAUUAUUCUGGACUUAUUUAU